CCUCUACGUCACUUUCUUCCUUCCCAUCUAUCCUUCUUCUGCUGCUGCAAGCCACGUUAGUUGUGCGCUCGCCACUCUUUUGAACCUUUCCCACGCGACUGGUGAUGUCUGCCGCAGUCGCUCCCAGUGUGUCGACUCUUUCGAACACUCUGACCUCCAUGGACUCCAAGAAGAUUGCCAACGAAGGUUCGUAAAAAAAAAAUAUCGCGUGAUGCUGUUCGAGUCCAUCGACCAUUUACCCUACCAUACUGUCUACUACAUACCAAGCACUCCUACGAAACACCCUCUGGCUUGUUAUUUUUUUUCUCCCCUUCCUACUUCCCCCCCCCUUUCGUCGCGACCUUCUCUUAAUACGGUCGCGGUCGCAUUCAUGACCCCCGAAGAAAAGAAAAGUUGUAUUAUCUUUUCGCCGCCGGAAAAAUCAGUGGUGUUUGAUAAUACAACCUACUCUUUUCCCUUUCCUCUCCCCCCCCCUUUCGGCUUGGUAAUACGCCACCUGGGGGGUUGCCCAUACUUUAAAGCCCCUCUGCCGUUGGGAUGAUCUCAGAACUGGCGUCAUCGAUCUUCCGUCACUCCUCCCUCCACCACCACUUCUCCAUACCCUCCACCUCCACAAUGAAGGGUCCUCGUUCUCGUCCUGCCGACUCGCAGGCCGUGUCUUCAGACGCCAAUAAUCAAAGAUCGGAUGUAGAGGCGUCCACUUCACUGGCGCCACCUCCACGCCCUGCUGCCACCACCGCUAGCGAUACUCCCGACUACUUCAAUUCCGUUCAUAAUCCGUUCUCGCUCGAGCCCAAUCCCUUCGAGCAGUCCUUUGGCACUGGCAACUCGGGCGAAACCCCCGGAAAGUCGCUGCUGCCUCCCGUCGCUGCCCUCACCUCUCCGGCCCUGCCUGGCGCAUCCUCCAGCGGCGGCUACAACUGGUCCAACUCCCUGCGCUCAGGGCCCCUUAGCCCGGCAAUGCUCCCUGGCCCAACUGGCUCUAAUGACUACUUUGACAGCAUUGGAAGAGGCUUUCCAACCCCCAACGAGUCAUCGCUCCGGACAGGCUUGACCCCCGGUGGCGGUGGCUCCAUGUUCCCCGCCCCAAGCCCUAACUCCCAGGCAUUGCUGCAACAACUUCAAAGCGGUGGGGCUACGCCGUCUACCAUCGAAUUCCACCGCACCGCGCUGGCCGCCAAGAAGAAUAGCGGGAACGGUCCCACCUCCAAUGCGCACGAUCCAGAACCAACCUCCAACCCGACCAUGGACUCGAAACCUCAAGCUACCACCACGGACUUUACUCAACAUGAUGCGGCCGAUGCGGCCAAUGGCCUGUUCAUGCUUGCCAAAGGUGGUCAGGCAAACAGCAUGCAAAUGAACCAAGGCCCCGUCAUGCAAAACGAGACGCGUUCGUCGGCCGCCCGACGCGUGUCGCAAAAUAACAACGGCCAUAGUGCUCGCGAGAUGAGUGGCGAUGGAUCAGAGCAGGAGCUUUCCAAGCCCAAUGCCAAAGGCAAGGGCAAGAAGAAUGCCCCCAAGGCAAACGCCGUCAACAACCGGCGCAAGGCGGACGAAGCUGCUGCCAAGGGCCCCAACAAGAAGUUGAAGAUGACCGAGUCGCCGUCGGACGAUUCGGAGGAUGAGGAGAUGAAGAACUCCGGUAUGGAUCCGAAGAAGAUGACCGAUGAGGAGAAGCGGCGAAACUUCCUGGAACGGAACCGUGUCGCGGCUCUCAAGUGUCGUCAACGCAAGAAGCAGUGGCUUGCCAAUCUUCAAGCCAAGGUUGAGCUCUUCACGACAGAAAAUGAUGCACUUACCGCCACGGUGACCCAGCUUCGUGAGGAGAUUGUGAACCUCAAGACCCUUCUGUUGGCUCACAAAGACUGCCCCGUUUCUCAAGCUCAAGGUUUGGGUCCUCUGAUGAUGAACAGCAUGUCUACUGGAUUUGACCCGCACGCCUACGGUAUGCCCGCCCAAAUGGGUAUGCCGCCGGGUGCACCGAUCCCUGCCCAGGGUAUGCGCCGAGCAUGAAUGUGAGCAUAAAAGGAAGUUAGCAUUCAAAAGUCGCUUUUCAUCCUGCCUCUGGCGAUAUAAAGUCUUUUUCCUUGCUCUCACCGCCUAGCAACGAGGAUUUCACGGUCCAUUGAUGCUUAGACUCGGCGGUCAACUUUUCUCUUCUUUGGGGCCGGGGCAUUGAUUCCCCCUUUUCUCUAUUACCCCCAAAAUUUCUUUUUGUUUCGGCUUAGGCUGCGGCUUUUGUCGAACCUCUGGCAUGGUCAGGUGUUUACGAUCCACACGACUCAAAAAUUCCCGACGAGAUGAUUCC